CGACGACAAAAUCAUAAGUUGGAGAUAACCAGCGACUAACUCUCUAUCAAUGAUGGAUUUCAGCAUGCGCGCAUUCAGGACCUUUUCAGGAGUCCUGCGUAUAUCUGAGGUUGUUUGGUAUCGAUUCUCGCGAAUGCCAUAGCAGCCAUUUUACUGAAACUAACUAGUUUCAGGUCACUGAAAUCGUGAAGCCUAGUGCAGUUCGGUCCAUUGAUUUUCGAGUGAUAGCGCAUAAUGCUCAAUAGGAGUUUUUAGUGAACGGUAUUUUGAAUAGUGAGGAAGAUUUGGCAAGAUAGCCAUGCCGUCGAUCUACCCCCUGAUAUCGAAGCGGGAGGCGCCUUCCGCGCCUAUGGCCGUCGAGGCCGCCAAACCGACGCCGCCGUCUGCUGAGCUUCCUGAGCCAGACGUCGUUACAACUGCGGCGACGCGAGAGACUUUCUCCGGCGCCCCUGCGGAAGUGACAGGUGGUGAGCAGCUGGAGAAGCACAUUUUCGGUAACAAACAAUUUCAUCCGUCUCAUGGUCGUACGACUCCUCAUGUGGAAGCAGUUCCAACCAAUGCCACCAAGACGUUUUUCGAAGAAGUGGAAAAAUUUGCAAACAAGGAGGGAAUCGACACUUGGGUACUAGUCACUAUACUCAUCGCCGUAUCACUCAUCGUCCUUGGAAUAUGCUUCUGUUGCAUAAGGAGAUGUUUCCGAAAGAGAAGAGCCAAGGAUGGCAAAAAAGGAAUGAAAGGGGUGGACCUGAAAUCAGUACAGCUCCUGGGGUCAUCAUACAAAGAAAAGGUUCAACCAGAUAUGGACGAACUUACCGAAAAUGCAGAAGAGCCAGACGAAGGAGAAAAACCGGAAGUACAAAAGCUAGGCAAACUGCAGUAUAAGUUGGAAUAUGACUUUAAUCAGAAUAGUUUUUCCGUCACUGUCAUCCAAGCUGAAGAUCUUCCUGCACUGGACAUGGGAGGAACCUCAGAUCCCUACGUCAAGGUCUAUCUUUUACCGGAUAAGAAGAAGAAAUUUGAAACGAAGGUUCACAGAAAAACCUUGAAUCCUGUCUUCAAUGAAACUUUCAUUUUCAAAAGUCUUCCCUACUCGGAGGCCAUGAACAAGACCCUGGUGUUCGCCAUCUUCGACUUCGACCGGUUCUCCAAGCACGACCAGAUAGGGGAGGUGAAGGUGCCCCUGUGCACCGUCGAUCUGGCGCAGACGAUCGAAGAGUGGCGCGAGUUGCAGAGCGUAGAGGGGGAGGGUGGUCAGGAAAACAAGUUGGGAGAUAUUUGCUUUUCAUUGAGAUACGUACCAACAGCUGGAAAAUUAACUGUUGUGAUCCUGGAGGCUAAGAACUUGAAGAAGAUGGAUGUAGGUGGUUUAUCUGAUCCUUAUGUGAAGAUAGCUCUGAUGCAGAACGGUAAAAGACUCAAGAAGAAGAAGACCAGCAUCAAGAAAUGCACACUGAAUCCUUAUUAUAAUGAGUCGUUUACAUUUGAGGUACCAUUCGAACAAAUACAGAAAGUAAAUCUGGUAGUCACCGUAGUCGACUACGACCGAAUCGGCACAUCGGAGCCCAUCGGCAAGGUGGUGCUUGGCUACAACGCCAGUGGAACCGAGCUACGCCAUUGGUCUGACAUGUUAGCGUCACCGCGCAGGCCUAUUGCGCAGUGGCAUACCCUCAAGGAACCUGAAGAUGACAAGAAAGACUAA